AUGGCGCCGAAACUAUUAAAAGACGGGACUGUGAUCUCGUUCGACACCAACACCAAGUCCAUCCGGGUGCUCCGACGAGGCUCAGUGCUGAUCGUGGACGAUCGCAUUGCUGCAGUCGAGGAAGACAGUGACGCCAUCACCAUCCCAGAGGGAACUCAAAUCAUCGAUGUCUCAGGGAAGAUCGUCUCACCAGGCUUUGUCAAUGCCCAUGUCCACAUGUGGCAGUCGGCGUAUCGCACACUGGGCCCUAAUGUGACGCUGUCUCAGUAUUUCGACUGGGUGAGCCAGAGCUCUCCGGGCGCACAGGCGGCAUUCCGGGGAGAUGAUAUCUACUUCAGUUCCUUGGAAGGGUAUUUAGAAGGACUAAACGGAGGCGUUACUUCGUACGUCGAGCACGCGCACAACAACUGGUCGCCCGAGGUGAUGAGGGCUGGCCACCGCGCAGCUGUGCAUAGUGGCGCCAGAAUCUGGUGGUGCUACGAUGUCAUCGACCAUGAUCGCUUUCCGAUUGCCCAGCAAUGGGCCGCCUUUGGAGACCUUGCCAAGUAUGACUUCCCCCUGGUUCUCCCGGGGCUGUCGCUAGACGGCCAGGGGUUUACCAUCCUCAAUGGCGAUGGCGCUGCCAGGUCAAUCCUCCGCGAGAAGGAGGUAUUGGGCCUUCAAGCCCUUACUGUUCAUCAUCUUGGAGGCCCCUGGCCACAGGGAAAUACAUCCCCCACUGCGCUGUGCGACCUGAACGAGUUGAACGAGGUUGAUCUGCCGAUUAUCGUCUCUCACGCCCCGUUCCUGUCCAAGUCGGAUAUGGAAACAAUGCGGCGUGAUAACGUCUUCGUAGCCAUAACCCCAGAGUCCGAAUGCCACUAUGGCCACGGACAGGCUACCGGCCAUGAGAUCUCCGACCAAGCCUGUCUCGGCGUUGACACGACAUGGACGUUCUCUGGAGAUAUCCUCAGCCAGGCCCGGCUUUGGCUCCAGUUAGCCCGGCUGAGGAACUACACCAAGACCCUAGAUAAGAGUCUACUGCCGAAUGCGAAUCCAAUGGCGGUGGAAGAAGCUUUCCUUCUUGCGACCCGCCAGGGAGGGCGUGCCCUGUGGAGAGACGAUAUUGGCGUCAUCGCAGUCGGCGCCAAGGCAGAUGUGGUUGUUUUUAACGGGGACAGCCCCAACAUGCUUGGAUGGAGUGAUCCCGUCGCGGCCGUGGUUCUCCAUGCAAACCCCGGAGAUAUCGAGCAUGUGAUUGUCGACGGGGAAUGGAAGAAACGGAAUUUCAAGCUUGUGAAUCUGGCUCGGCGCUGGGAUGAAGUACGUACGCGCUUCCUGGAGAUAUCACAGCGGAUUCAAGAGCAGCUCAAGACGCCGCCGCCUCUGCCGGACAAGCUCUGGGGAGUUGGCCAGUUUGGAGAUGUGGAAAAGGUCUCCACUAAGCUUUGA